AUGGUGCUCCUGCUGGUCAUCCUGAUCCCGGUGCUGGUCAGCUCGGCCGGCACGUCGGCGCACUACGAGAUGCUGGGCACCUGCCGGAUGGUGUGCGACCCCUACGGCGGCACCAAGGCGCCCAGCACGGCGGCCACGCCCGACCGCGGCCUCAUGCAGUCCCUGCCCACCUUCAUCCAGGGCCCCAAGGGCGAGGCCGGCCGGCCGGGGAAGGCCGGGCCGCGGGGGCCCCCGGGAGAGCCCGGCCCGGUCCGAGCAAGCGCAAUUGCUCAAGAUGCGGAUCAAAACUACGAUUAUGCCAGUAACAGCGUCGUUCUACACCUGGAACCGGGAGAUGAGGUCUACAUAAAAUUAGAUGGAGGAAAAGCACAUGGAGGAAACAACAACAAAUACAGCACGUUUUCUGGAUUUAUAAUUUAUGCUGACUGAUUUCAGGAAUCAAAAACUAAAAUCACAUUCUUCUGAGCAUAAGUGAUGGAUUCACGUGGCAAAAGUCAA